GAUGUCAUAAUAGUGCUUGCAUAAUCUGAACUGGCUAUCCUGGCCAUGACAGACUGAGAGGCCAGCUGCCUACCAGGACAGGAGCUCUUUGGAGAAAGGACUGGAGGAAGUGGUGAAAAAAGACUAAAACAUGAAUAAUCUUGUGAGUGAACAGGAGGUAACUGAGAGAGGUGUUUAUAAUGAGGUUGUUUCCCUCCUGGCACACAUGGAUGACCAAGAUAAGGACAGAAUUGCCCUCAGGAUUGCCUCUAUAGCUAAGACCAAGCUGGCUAGUGUUGUGAGAGUUCUGCUGGAGAAAUUGCAGGAUAAGCAAAACAGAGUAGCCAUUUACUUUAUCCUGGAUAAGGUAUUACAGCAGGACACUGGGGGCCUAGAGAUAAGGCUAGUGAAAAAAAUUAUAAGCCUAGCCUCAGAGCAGAUGAGAGAGACUCGGGAAGCAACAAAUGAAGUAAAAGUGGCAGCUAGCAACACGUUAGUGACUCUGGCAAGCUGCUAUUUUGAUCAUGUCAUAUAUGAGCUGCACUGUCAUCUGAAACCACCGAAGCUGCCUGAAGAGUUUAUUUUAGUUACGCUGGGCAACCUGUCAUCAGCCUAUGCACGUAAGUGUAUCCCUUUUGUGAGAGUGACCCUGAACACCAUGGUCUCCAUGCUGGAGUUCGUCAAGGACGGCAGGCUGAGACAAGCAUUUUGCGGUGUUCUGGAACAAUGGUCAAGGGCAGUACGUCUCUUUUUGGCUAACUGGGAAAAGUGCUCAUUCCCCAAAGUGGGCCAAUUGCGACUCUGCAAUCAUUUUCUUCCCGUCUACACUCAUGUGACCAGCAACUGGCUGACCUGUGAGGAGCCGGAGCUCAAGGAGGCUAUCAUCAAAGCCCUUGGUCCCAUGAUGAGCCUCCUACUACACAAAGAGGAGUAUCAAGAUCAGAUAUUUGAACACCUCUCAUGGCUCCUUGAGCAAUAUAACGAAAACACUGAUGUUUUUCACGUCACCAAGAGUCUGAGCCAGCUCUUGGAGGUCUCUGGUGAAUAUAAGAUCCCUCUCCCUGACGGGAAGUUUCAAGCCAUCUGCAGUGCUCUGCAUAACCAGAUCUGUUCUCAAGCUAGGCCGCUCAGCAUGGAAAAUCACACAGAGCUGGUCCAUUGUGUAGUUCAACUAGCCCGUUCUUCUCCAGAGGAUCUGAUAGCCUUUCUGCACUCACAGCUGAAGAUUAAGAAUGAGGCUGUUCGUGUGACCUCUUUGAAGCUGCUCAGAGCUAUUGUUGAUGCUGACUUGCCUGAGACAAGACUGAAAAAGUGUCUGAUUGUGAAGGCAGUGAAAUCCACUUUCAGUGAUCAGAAUGCUACGGUGAGGAAGGCAGUUCUUCAUUUCAUCCAGAGGCUGCUCAGCUUACAAAGUGUGGAGAACUGUGCAGCUUGGGAUAUGGUAGCACAUGUUUUCACGGAGUUCAGUGUGUCCACCAGCAAACUGACUCUCCAGAGAACAUAAUGGUGCCCAAUUCUGUGGCUGUUGAAGCAAACAUAAACUAUCAGCAAAAUAUCGAGGUUAUGCAGGUUGCAUCCCAGACUGUCAAGAGCCUGGAAAAGCUUGCUGCAUAUUUCCCUCACUACAUGCUCUAAUCUACAUGUACUAGUUUAAAAAUGUCUUCAAUCCGUAUUUCUAUCCAUGGACACAGCCAGAGGCUCCAGAAACUUUGUGCUCCAUGAUUGGAUCCAUGAUCUGUAUUAACAUAAACAGUUCAACUUUACAGUAAGUUGUUGAAGAUCUUAGCUCUGCCUGGCCCCUUUUCUUCAAAGUUGGAGCUUGUGGCAAUACUCUCCAAGGGCCUUUUUUUCACACAC